AUGUACAGACGAGUUUUAUCGACUAUCAGAAAGAUGAACACUCCUCUAAAACACAUUUCUGAAUGCUUCAUCAAACCGCAUCCCCCCAUCGAAGACUCGAACCAAAUAUGCUACUUAUCACCUUGGGAUAUUUGCAUGUUAUCUGCAAACUAUAUUCAAAAGGGACUUCUCUUCAAAAAACCAACAUCAUCACUAAAUCAACCAGAUUUUAUGGAGAUUCUGUUGAUAAAACUUAAACACUCUCUUUCACUCACACUUUUCCAUUUCUAUCCCCUCUCAGGUCGUCUUGUUACCAAGAAAACGCAAGAUCCUCCUUCUUACACCAUCUUUGUCGAUUGCAAAAACAGCCCUGGAGCUAAAUUUAUCCAUGCAACUUUAGAUAUCACCAUAGAUGAUAUCCUAUCCCCCAUCGACGUUCCACCCAUUGUUCAAUCCUUCUUUGACCACGACAGAGCAGUCAACCAUGAUGGUCACACCAUGUCUUUGUUGUCCAUCCAAGUCACUGAAUUAUUGGAUGGUGUUUUCAUAGCUUGUUCCAUGAACCACUCUCUUGGUGAUGGAACUGCUUACUGGAAUUUCUUCAACACAUUUUCUGAAAUAUUUCAAAAUGAUGGCAGUGUUGAUGUUCCAAUUUCACACCAACCCAUCCACAAUAAGUGGUUUCCAGAAGGUUAUGGUCCAAUUAUCAACCUUCCUUUCAAACAUCACGAUGAGUUUAUUCAAAGAUAUAAAGCACCGACUUUGAGAGAAAGAAUCUUCCAUUUUUCAGCAGAAUCUAUAGCAAAACUUAAAGCAAAGGCGAACCAAGAAUCUAACACAAACAAAAUCUCUUCGUUCCAAUCUUUAUCAGCACUAGUUUGGAGAUCUAUAACCCGGGUGCGUCAACUACAACAUGAUGAGAAAACAACUUGCAACUUGGCUAUAAACAACCGAACGAGAAUGGAACCGCCUCUUCCUAAGGAAUAUUUUGGAAAUUCAGUUUUUGCAGUGAAAACUGAAACGACGGUAAAGGAACUGCUAGAGAAGGAUCUAGGUUGGGUAGCGUGGAAGAUUCAUUUGGCUGUUGCAAAUUAUGAUGACAAAGUGGUCCGAGGAUCGGUGGAAAAGUGGUUAGAGUCUCCUAUUGUGUUUCGAAUGGACAUGAUAGUGGAUUCUAGUACUGUGAUGAUGGGUAGUUCACCGAGAUUUAAUAUGUAUGGAAAUGAAUUUGGAAUGGGAAAAGCAUUGGCAGUUAGAAGUGGUUAUGCUAACAAAUCUGAUGGAAAAAUAACAUCAUAUCCAGGACGAGAAGGAGGAGGAAGCAUAGAUCUUGAAGUGUGUCUUUCACCAGGUACUAUGAUGGCCCUAGAAUCGAAUGAAGAGUUCAUGAAUUCAGUUUCCUUGUUUAGUCAUUGA